UGCAGGUGUAACCCAUCCAAACACACCUUAAACUACUUAUGGUCACAUGUCCGGCAAGGCUAGAAACGUUACCAAGUUGGCGAAUUUCGCCACCACCUACUCAGAUCGUGCGGCCAAAAAUGUCCCCCGUACCACUGCCACCAACACGGCCAAAGAUGCCAAACCUAUAAGUGAGUUGACAGUUGAAAGCACUACGGUUGGAACUUCUUCGAUUGAUGAUUCGAAGAGAGAUCUUAGAAGGCAACUGAAAAAUAUAUUAUUUGAAUCAAAAGAGGAUGAUGAUCUUUUGGAUUUACAAUGGGACCAAACCCUAUCCAACAGCGCAGCACAAAUGGCACGCAAAGAGGUAGCACGAGAGAGGAAGCAAGUAUGGGAUUUCAACGACACGCAAAAGUAUCAUUUUCGGAAACUGGUAAAAAAUUUUGCAGAAAAAGUAGGAGCAAAUGCUACUUUAGAAGCUCUUUGUACAUUGGACCGUGAGACGGGUGUUAAAGAGUUUAAUUGCGUGAUAGAAGGUUGCAUAAAGAAGGCUAGGAAUGCUGAUGACGAGGAUGCUGCUUUAGAAGAGAUCCAUGGGGCGUAUGUGGUUCUUCAAACUAUGAGCGAACGUGGUUUUAAAAUUGAUGAAGAAACUUAUGGUCCAAUUUUGAUGUUUAUCAUUGAUAUGGGCAUGGUUGAAGAAUUUCACUUUUUUUGUGAUCACAUUAAGAAGGAUAAUCCGAAAUCUCUUCAAAGACUAGCUUACUAUGAGAAUGAGUUGCUUCUAAUGAUAAAAGUAGGUGAUGUAGAUAAGAUACAAAGCUAAUUGGAGAUACACUUGACAAACUUUAAUGGUGUGUAUUUAAUAUCCAUGACCAUUUUUU